AGAAAUACAGAAAAGUUCCUUGUCGCCCCGGAGUUUUUGGAUAUUAAUCUUGAAACAUUGUCCCACUUCCUGUCACAUACGAAGAUGGACAUGGUGAACAAAGCUGUUCUGAUUGAUUACUGCGAUAGAUACGCCUCGACGAAGAAACGCGGAGAUUCAUUAUGCAUGGAGGAGAAGAGGAAGCUGGUGCAUAGUACAGAAUUGGAGGUUCUGUUAGCUCUCGCUGCCUCAGCCGAGCGAGUCGGUACGAAGGAGCUGGGAAAGUUGUGUGUCGACGAGAUUAAGAAAUUUUUGUCCGUGCAAAAUAUCUGGCAAAUUUACAAGAAAAAUCUCGAGAGCAAAUAUGUUGCGCUUGCUUGCGAGGAGGUGGUCAUGCAAUAUACAAAAGAAUUCCUUAGUAGCCCGCAGUUAUCGGCUAUUAAUCCUGAAACUGUGUUCCACUUUCUCUCACUUACGAAGAUGGACAUUGCGAACGAAGCUGUUCCGUUAGACUGCUGCAAUAAUUACGCCUGGAAGAAGGAGCACUGGCAUUCAUUAUGCCUGGAGGAGCAGAGGGAGCUGGUGCAUAGUUCGAGAUUGGAGGUUCUGAUAGCUCUGGCUACCUCGGCCGAGCAGUUCGGUGCGGAGAAGCUGGGAAAGUUUUGCGUCGACAAGCUAAAGAACCUUUUGUCAGUGCAAAACGUCUGGCAAAUUUACAACGAACAUCUCAAGAGCAAAUAUGUUGCGCUUGCCUGCGAGGAGGUUUUCAAGAGAAAUACAGAAGAAUUCCUUAAGAGCCCGCACUUUUUUUAUAUUGAUCCUGAAACUCUGUUCCACUUUCUCUCACUUACGAGGAUGGACAUAGCGAAUGAAGAUGUCCUGGUUGACUACUGCAAUUCAUAUGCCUGGUGGAAUAGAGACUGGAAUUCAUUACUCCCGAAUGAGAAGAGGAAGCUGGUGAAAAUUACAAAAUUUGAGGCUCUUUCAGCUCUGGCUGCCUCGGUCGAGCGGGUUGGUGCGAAUGAGCUGAGAAAGUUGUGCAUCGACGAGCUAAAGUUCAACUUGUCCGUGCACAACAUCUGGCAAAUAUACAACAAAAAUCUCGAGAGCGAAGGUGUUACUCUUGCCUGCGAAGAGAUGCUCAUGAGAAAUACAGAAGAAUUCCUGAAGAGUCCGCAUUUUUUGGAAAUUGAUCCUGAAACACUGUCCCACUUCCUUUCACUUAAGAUGUUGGACAUAGCGAGUGAAGCUGUUCUGAUUGAUUACUGCGAUAAAUACGCCUCGACGAAGAAACACGGAGAUUCGUUAUUCAUGUUCCGCGAGUACGCUAUCCCAUACCUCCGUUUGUUAACUCUGACGGAGGACGAAAUGAAUGGCCCGAUCAAGAAAUACCUAGAAGAUUUCAAAUGGUCCAGUUGUCUCCAAGAAAUCAAGCUUGGUACCAGCCGUGAACCGAUAAAUUCCUUCGCGGGAGAGGGGCUUCACAUGCAAGCGCGUUUUUGCAAAGUUCGGAUUGAGCGGACACUUGACUCUGAGGCGAGCUGCACCCUGACCAUCGUUCCGGACGAGCUGGUAGCCAACCUCAAGGACACCUUGCUGAAUGACUCGAUCUCCGUGCCUAAAACAGCGAAACACAAUUUCGCCCUAUUGUUCAAGCCUAACCGAGAUAUUUUAAUCAAAGAAUUCGAAUUCUUCUUGCCACUGUCAAUCCAGAGAAACUCUAAGAAUUGGUGCAUGGAGCAAAUGGAGCAUGACUUUCAGACUUUCAGCUCUUCGUUUCAUGCUAGAAUCGUGGUUGAAAGUACAGCAAAGACGUGUUGCACCUCCUUUGAUCUUUCGAAAAACAUGCAAGACGGCUUGGUUACGCUGAGACCGAGUGUGGAUGUCAAGGUUGACCGUUUCACAGACGUGAGAAUUGAGGUGAUCAUCUGUGGCAACUCUUACUUACCUGACCUUGGAGCAAUUGUGGAUGAUUGCGUUGAACACAAAAGAAAAUACGUGGAACGAAACAAGGUGUUUGUAAAUUGUACUUCGGGCAAAUUGCAGUUCCAGCAUUACGAGUUGGACGAAGAAUCGACGGUCCUAAGAGAGGAAAAGAACACCAUUUUCAAAAGUGUCCUCUUUGAUUCCAUUACAUACUGAAGGAAGGUUGAAGUCCUCCCUUCCCCCUCUAACUUUAAGUUAAAGCUGACUUUAGAUUAAUUAGUUAGAAGCUGGGCAUAUUUUUACCGAAUCUAAUUUUUUAGUUAUAUUUUGUAAGAAUUCUUUCUCAUUUCAAUUAAUUUUGUGUUAAAUAUUUGCGAUUCCUCUCUCCAUACUUUGCUUCUUAAUAAAAAGAAUACAUUUAAAACCUGCUUUUUAUCAAGGCAUCACACUAAUUAUUUGCUACAUAUAUGUAACUGAUGUUAUUUACGAUAUAGGAUGCAACGAUUUCUAUCGAGGAUAAGAAAAUACGGAGCAUAAAUUUAUGAUUUUAAUUGAAGCUUCAUAUUUGGAUACUUCUUCAUCUUGCCAACUGUCGUCUAAAUGAAAUCUUAAAAUGAUUAGGUUUUUUUAAUUGCUGCCAUUGAACAAACAAAAAUUCGACUGGCCUUUAAGUAUGAGUGCUCAAUAAGUAUCUGUAAAUCCUCAAAAUCCUGUUUAUUUUAUUUUUAUCACUAAAAGCACCAGCAGAGGAUAUAAAACGGUCCAAAGUUGUAUUUACUUAUUUUUCUACACACAGUGAUAAAUAGUAAUUGAUGCUACUCACACAGUUCCUAUUAUCGUGUAUUUACAAAAAAAAGUCACACAAAAUCAAAUGAACCAAAGAAGAUAAAUAAAUUGAUGUUUCGACGUAUUCCAA